AUGCGUGUAAAGUCUAUUGUAAUUGAUGGAUUCAAAUCUUACGCCCACCGCAAGGAGCUUGCUGAUCUCAGUCCUCACUUUAACGCCAUCACUGGUCUUAACGGGAGUGGAAAAUCGAACAUAUUUGACGCAAUUUGCUUUGUGAUGGGCAUUACAAACCUCAAACGUGUGCGUGCGGAGGAUCCGCGCGAGCUCAUUUUUCGCGCAGGCACCACCGGCGUCCACGCCGCGCGAGUCACCAUUGAGUUUAUCAACGACGACCCCGCAACCGCACCCCCUGGGUACAGUUGCGAAGACUAUCCCAUAAUCACAGUCGGGCGGCAGAUCAAAAUCGGCGGCAAACAGCAAUUUUUUCUAAACAACGCUGUCUCCAUGCAGAGUAAGGUUAAACGUUUUUUUGAAAGCAACAGUCUUAACGUGGAUAACCCACACUUUAUGGUACUGCAGGGAACCGUGCACAAGCUGAUUGACAUGCGCUCACAAGUGUUGCUUUCGUUGAUUGAGGAGGCUGUCGGGACAAAGGCCUUUGACCACCGCCGCCGCGUGGCGGAGACGCUUAUACGAAAUAAAGAAAAGAAGAUGCUUGAGAUCGAUCAGAACAUGGAGACGCAGAUCGGCCCCAUGUUGGCAGACAUGAAGGCGGAUCAGGAAGAGUAUCACCGCUUUCUCAAGGCUAGCGCAAAUUUGGACGUCAAGAGGCGUUUCCAACUCGCGUUUGAGUUCUACGAGCGCAGUAAUCUACUGCAGGAGAAACAAGAAUCGAUGGACCGUCGGAAGGAGGAUGCCACCCAUGCGAAGGGACAACUUGAGGUAAUUCCACAGCAAGAAGACGAGCUGACACGCCAACUGAUGCGCCUGCAGGAAAGCAUUGUCUCCCCGUCGGAUGCAAUGGUCACGCUUCAUGAAAAAGAAGGUGAACUGAAAAAACUAUGUAGUCGAUGUCAAAGUCAGAUUGAUUCAUGUGCCAAGACGCUCAAGCAUCUAGAGAGCCAGCUAAAGGGGUUGCACCAGGAAAGGGAAAAACAGACCAAAGCACAACUAGGAUUCAUGAACCGUCGUAAACAACAUGAAACUCUACUUCAAAGCAUCGCGCAGGAACGUGGUAAAGUGGAUAAACUGCGCUCUGCACUUCAACUCGCUCAAUCGGGUGUUCGCGCUGGAACCUCUGGGCUUUCACUAGCGGAGGAACUCAGCGAAGUCGAAAAUCAAAUUAUUCGUCUGGAUUCUAAAAUUCAACGGAGCAAAGAGAACAUUGUACAACUGACUUUGCAGCUCAAAAAUGCACAACAGCGCCACUCCCAGCAAUCUGGACAGCUCCUACAGCUAAAAAAAGAGAUGGAGCGGGCGCAGGCCAAGUUUGAAGCAACCUCAAAGCUUUACGACCCCCUCGCCCUUCAGGAAAAGCGCCUUGCCACACUGAAAGAUACCAUUAGUAAGGCAAAGAUUGAAUUUCAGGAGGCCUACGACUCAUUUCAGCGAGAAGCUGCUACAUCUCGUAGCUUUGAAUUGGAAUUUGACCGUCGUGGGUGUCCAAAAGAUGUGGAGGACAAAAUUUUAGGCCGUGUAGGCGAACUCAUUUACCCGAAAGAGGACACUCACAAAAUGGCUCUCAUGGUUGGCGCUCAGGCACAACUUCUUCGAGUUGUUGUUGAAGACGACACUGUAGCCGAGUACGUCAUCAAACACGGCCUGCGGCAGAGAACUUCCUUCUUAGCCUUAAACCAACUCCAAAAACCACCAGGAAUAGACCCAGCUCGUUUGGAAACAGCGCGAAGAAUCACGGCGAGUAUGAAUGGCUUUAUGUGCAUCGCAUCAGAAUUAGUAGAAUACGCGGAUCCUAAGCGCAUGGCGGGUCUCUCUGAAAGCACUUUUGGAAACUUUUUAGUUUGCUCUACUUUAAGCCUUGCGCAGGAGCUCGCCUAUAACCCGGCAGUUAGGUUCAAGGCAGUAUCACUAGAUGGUGAAGUGGCGGAGCCAAACGGUCUCAUUACCGGUGGGUCCACUAGCCACUUGCGGGAUGUCUUUACCGAGCUCAAAACGUAUAGAGAACGCAAGGCGCCGCUGCAAGCCAUGCGCAUACGCUUAAUUGAAAUGGAGCGCGAAUAUCACACCAUACGAAGCGAGCUAGAGCGGAAGAAACAUGUUCUGAAUGAUCAUCGAAACGCCGAGGGAGAACUUGAGGUCAUUAAACAGAGACUUCAUCUUGUUCAGGGCAGCUCAAAAAGCAGUAUUGACGAGGCGGAGGCCCAACUACGGUCUGGGCAGAAUGCCCUGGAGUCCGCGGAAUACGAGCGGCGCGAGUUGGUGGAACGCAAGCAGCAGAUUGAAAAAGAAGCUGCCAUCGACCCCGAUCACUCGCGUAAGGAGCUGCAGAACCAAAUGGAUACCGCUGAGCGCACGUUGGCGAGGCUUUCCAAGGAAGAGGAAGUGAAUGCCGGAUCGUUUGAGCGGCUUGAAGCGGAUAUCGAGCAACAAGCUACGGAUCUUACCACCAAAACACGCGAAGUGGAAGACGAACUGUCUCAACAACAGCGCGAUCGUGUUGUCUUACAAACACAGCUUAAACAAGCAGAAGAAGAACUAGAGAUGGUGCAGAAGGAGUGUAAACGAUCUGAGGCGCAUCACAUGCAGGUGGAGAGGGAAAUCGAAGAAGCACAAGCGGCAAUUACCGGUCUCACCGAACGGCGACACUCGCUUGAAAAUACCGUGAAGAACACUGAAAUUGAGUUGAAGGAACUACACAAAAUCAUUGAAGGACUGCACCGAUGGGUGCGCGAGCAGGAGAAACGCCAUAACUGGAUCACGCAGGAACGCCACCAGUUUGGCGACCCGAGUGGCCCUUUUUUCUUCGCCGAUACUGCGCGCACGCAGACGACACUUCAGGAGCUACGUGAUGCGGAGGCCCAGGCUGCGGUGAUGUCGCGCCGUACGAACAAAAAGGCAACAAUUCUGUAUGAAGAACGGAAAAAAGAAUACGAUGAACUGGCAAAACAGCGCGAGGCGCUUGGAGAAGACAAGGAAGCAAUCCAGCAGUGCAUCCGCGGGAUUGAGGUCAGGAAAUGGCAAGCACUUGACCGUAUGGUGGGAGUAGUGAGCAGCAUUUUCGGAAAGCUAUUUUCAACUUGCCUGCCUGGCGCGACCGCUGAGUUGGUAGAGGAGCGUGACGAUUAUCAUCAUCUCAGCGGACUAGCAGUUCGUGUAUUUUUUAACGGAAAAGUAAAGACUUCUCUUUCGGAGCUCAGCGGCGGGCAGCGCUCUCUUCUAGCUUUGUGUUUGAUCUUAGCUAUUUUGCGUGUCCGUCCAGCACCAAUUUACAUCCUAGAUGAGGUCGACGCUGCGCUGGAUCCGAGCCAUACACAGAAUAUUGGGCGCAUGCUGCAGCUUUAUUUUCCCAACUCACAGUUUUUAUUGGUGUCCCUGAAGGACGGUAUGUUUAACAAUGCUAAUGUUCUCUAUCAUGUCCGCAAUACGCAGGGUUACUCUGAAAUCAGCCGUGUGGUAAAUUCUACAAAAAGCUCCAUUGAUAAUACAGAUCCUACAGAUAAACAAAGACACAUCUCCGAUAUAUCUUGA